AUGCAACACAGUGGUGCAAGAGAUACCCAACUUCGUGAGAACAGCAACCAGAAGGUCCAUCCUCAGCCAAUGGACGAUUCCACCAACCAAACCCCCGAGGCUAUGGAAGCCCUCGUAUCCAGAAUCUUCACAAACAUAUCCUCCCUAAAAUCGGCUUAUAUCCAACUCCAAGCAGCUCACACCCCUUACGACCCGGACAAGAUCCAGGCAGCUGACCGCCUCGUCAUAUCCGAGCUCAAAAACCUUUCCGAACUUAAGCACUUCUACCGUGAGAACAACCCGAAGCCCGUCUGUACCUCCCCUCAAGAUUCCCGGCUGGCGGCCGAGAUUCAGGAACAACAGAGCCUCCUCAAGACGUACGAGGUCAUGGUGAAGAAAUUCCAGUCCGAGAUUCAGAACAAGGACUCUGAGAUUCUCCAGCUGGAGCAGCAGAUCCAGGAGGCCAACCAAAAGCGGGUGAAGCUUGAGAAGAAUCUAAAGCUCAGGGGUCUGUCGGGAAAGGAACCGGGAGGCAGCAGGGGGGGCGAAACUGUAAUUUCGCCCGAACUUUUCAGGUCGGCAGCUGAGGCCGCCUCGCGGGCCAUCCACGACUUCUCCAAGCCGCUGAUCAACAUGAUGAAGGCCGCCGGAUGGGACCUCGACUCAGCGGCCGCCUCAAUCGAGCCGGACGUGGUCUACGCGAAGCGGGCCCACAAGAAGUAUGCAUUCGAGUCCCACAUCUGCCAGAGGAUGUUCGUCGGAUUUCAGGACGAGAAUUACUCCAUGAAUCCUGAAGAAGAUUCGAUUUCUGUGCCCACCACUAAGGAGAAUCUGUUCAAAGAGUAUCUCGAGCUGAGGGAAAUGGACCCGCUGGACGCGGUGGGCCAAGGCCCGGACUCGAUGUUUGGUAAAUUCUGCCGAAGCAAAUACCUCUUGGUGGUUCACCAGAAAAUGGAGGCCUCGUUUUUUGGGAACUUGGACCAGAGGACCUAUAUUGUGGGUGGCGGGCACCCAAGGACUGCUUUCUACCAGGCUUUUCUGAAGCUGGCAAAAGCGGUUUGGCUUCUGCACAGGCUGGCGCACGCGUUUGAUCCGGCGGUCAGGAUUUUCCAGGUGAGGCGUGAAAGUGAGUUCUCGGAGGUUUAUAUGGAGAGCGUCGUGAAGGAUUAUGUGGUGGCUGAAGGUGAGAAUGAGAAGCCUAAGGUGGGUUUGAUGGUCAUGCCGGGGUUUUGGAUGGAUGGUGGUGUGGUCCAAGCGCAGGUUUAUCUUACGGGUAUCAGGGUGGCUGAAUGA